AUGGAUGAUUUGGUGUUUUCCGACACAUCUGCGCACAAUCAACGUGUUAUGAGAAGACAUCGCAUCCGCCACACCAAGUCUCGCAAUGUUAAGUGUGAUGAACUUCGACCCGCCUGCGGCACAUGCGCUUCCAGAGGCGAACCUUGCUCUUACCCCCUACCACGCCUCCCUUCGAAGAAACCCCACAGACCUAGAGGAAAAGCGGCGGGGAAUGACGAUGGCUAUCCCUUAUCUGAUCCUUUCGUUCCAUCAGAUGGAGGUCCUCCGCUCGACGCGACUUUACCAGCGAUUUUCUCGAGCCAUUAUAGCCAUGGGCGUGGGGACUUGCCGAUGAACGAUUUGAAGCUCCUUCAGUAUUUCAAUUCGUACACUGCGAAACAAAUGUCGUCGCAUCCGAGGAGAACUAUGGUCUGGCAGCAGAUCAUCCCUGAAAUUGCAUGCAAAAAUCGGCAUCUGAUGCACCUGCUCCUAGCACUAGGGGGAAUCCACAUGGUUACCCAGCAGGAUGAGGCCAACAAGACUGGUAGCGCUGAAGGUUUGGAUACGGUGGACUUAGCAAUAGUCAUGGAACAUCAUCAAAGAGGGCUAGAAGGCUUUAGGAAAGAGGUGUCCUGCAUUUCUCCCUCCAACGCUGAGAUUGUUUUUACGGGCUCCGUACUUCUCGUUGGGUUUGCUUUUGCAUCUCUUAAGGUCCAGGAGCUUAAUCCGCUUAUUGGAACCCACGAAGAGAUGGAUAGUGCCACGGGAAAUUCCUCUUCUGCAAAUGAUGUCUUACGUCUCAACUGGUUAUACCUCAACCGGGGGAUAACUUCUAUUCUACAUGACCAAUGGCAUGUGUUAAAAGGCAGUCGGCUCCGGCAGAUGCUUGUGUUCUCGCAGUAUGAUGGGCGUUGGCACGAUGUACCGAUUGCUGCACCAUCAUCUCGACUUUCUCGUUGCUCCCCCCGCCUAGUUAAAUUUGCCGAAGGUGCCAGCCAAGCAGUCGCAAACAUAAAGGCUUCUUUGCAUACGCUUGAACCCGUCAAGGAUUACUUAUCCAGCUGCUCGGGUACGCCGACAUCUCACCUUUCAGAGUCGUCCACGACUCUAGACUCCGUUGUGGAAGCGCACUCUGAGACCAUUGACAUCCUGGACACGUUAUAUAUACGCAUUCUCUCCAUAUUACGGUGUGCAGCAACCGAAAAUCCUGCUGACAUUGAAAUCCAGUUGGAUUUUGAAGAGGCGGCAAUUUUGUCCUGGCCGAUCCAGCUUCCAAGUCCAUUCUUGGCUUCACUUGGGAGAAGCGAACCUAACUGCCUUCGUGGAUACUCACUGGUCAUUUUGGCUCAUUUUUACUUGGCAAGUACUCUAAUUGAUACAUGGUAUCUAAGGGGGUCCUUUGAAAGAGAGAUACACAAAGUCAACACACUUCUCGGUUCCCUGAAUGAGAGCCAACUGUCAACAUUCAUGCUAUGGCCCAACGAGGUCGUGGCUUCGACACUGACAUGUACUCCUUGA